GCAUACAACAUUUGGUCAACAUCUGAAAAUUUUGAAGAUAUUUCCCAACCCCCAUUAAUCAUGAUUCAUUUGUUUAUUAAUUAAAAAUGUCAAAGCCCAAUAAAUGUAAUUUCAGUUGCAUAUAUUACAAUGCAGGAGUUUAUCAUUUCUCUAGCUUACAGAAGAGAGAUUUGGUAAUGCAGAAAGAACAGAGCUAGAUGCACAGUUUGAGUACCUGUGCAAGCGAGCAGACACAACAAAGCAGGCAACUGAGAAGCUUGUUGCAAAUACAGCUGCCCUGUUAAAGCCUAACCCAGGUGCAAGACUUGAAGACUUUGUUUUCGAGAAACUCGACAAACAGUCUCCAUUGAGGCCAACAAAUUCAUUUCUUCUUGGCCAGUCAAUGUCAUCUGCAGGAAGAGAGAUUGGCGCUGAUAGUGAUUAUGGAAAUUCCCUUAAUAAAACUGGAACAGCACUAAAAAAGAUCGGAAAUGCAGAAAAGGACUUUAUGCAGAAGACAAUCUCACAUUACAUUCAUCCACUGAAAACAUUUCUUGAUAAUGACAUGAAAACUCUUGCAAAAGAAAGACGAGUAUUAGACAUCGCCAGAAUUGAUCUUGAUGCUGCAAGAAAUAAAGUUAAGAGAGCACAAUCACCAAUAAGA